AUGACCGGUAAAUCAUCAUCGACGUCGAUGGAGACGGCGACGAUAACGAAGACGUCGUUUGUGACGGGAGAGAGAGUAGUAGUGGCAGUCGUGGUUUUUCGUGUUCUCUUCUCUCUCCCUCUAUCUCUUAUCGCUCAUGGCUUCUCCCUCUUCCUCCUCUGCCUCUCCGCCUUCCUCGUCGAGAUCCGAGCUGAGUCUUCUCCAUUUCUCCUCUCUCGUUUCAGCCCCAGGCGAGGUGCAACUUCAGGGAUAUUGCUAGGAGCAGUAACACUUCCUGCUGUUAUGAUCUCUAAGUUGAUUCAGCUUACAAGAGCUAUCUCAAUCCAUGAAGCUAAACAAGAUGAGCUUGCGCAUGUGACAAUGCAGUACUGGGCAGCAUCAGCAAGCUGCUGCGCCAUACUUAUAUAUCUCUCAGUGAUUAUGUCAAAAGCGAAGAAGAAAACUGAAUCUUCUUCUCCGUCUCCAUCAUCCGUUUGGCUUACGAGUGUUAGCUUAACCGGCACAGUUUUGUAUGGAGCAGCAUGCUUUGUUUCACUUUCCAUGAUCUCACACACUGGCUUGAACACGUCGCUAAAGAUGUUGUGGAUGUUAUUUCACGGCGUUGCAGCUGUCAAGUUAAUUCGACAUUUGCUUUGCACCUUCACUUCUUGUGCCUCAAUUGGGGAGGCACUUCUGGUAACCAGUGGUCUUGUUCUCUAUCUUGGCGACUUUUUGGCAUGCACAAUUGCAAAGAUUUUCGAGAGAUUGAUACAUGUGGAUCUUGUCUCAAUAAGCUAUGGGAUAAAGAGAACCGAAACCGGCAUAAUCGUCCAGGGUCUACUGUUGGGACUUCUACUUUUCCCGUUUGUGUUUAGAUUCGUUCUUCAUAUAUAUGAACGUUCUUUGAGAAAGAGAGAUGUUGGACAAAGAAACUGCAGCGACGCUGCUAAAUCCGUCGUGUUCCUUGUUUCUCUUCUGUUUUUCACGAUCGUGGCUGUUCCUUCUUGGAUGCAGUUUGUGCAUGAUUUCCACCAGCAUCCCUUCUUAUGGGUGCUCACAUUUGUCUUCUCUGAACCUCUGAAGAGACUUUCCUUAUGCUUCUACUGGAUUCUGUUGAUCGCUGUGUCUGUCUUGCGGUUUUAUAACAUCUCGAGGAGUAGCAAGGUUGAGAGAAUCUUGCUCCGGAAGUACUACCAUCUGAUGGCUGUUUUAAUGUUCUUGCCUGCUCUUGUCUUACAGCCUAAAUUUCUCGAUCUAGCAUUUGGUGUAGCUUUAGCUGUAUUCGUCGCGUUGGAGAUCAUUCGAAUAUGGAGAAUUCAUCCGCUUGGAGAGCCUUUACAUCAAUUCAUGAAUGCUUUCACGGACCAUCGUGACUCUGAGCUUCUGAUCGUCAGCCACUUCUCACUCUUGCUUGGAUGUGCGCUUCCAAUAUGGAUGUCUUCUGGGUUCAACGACCGAGCUUUAUCCCCAUUCGCCGGAAUCCUCAGCCUCGGGAUCGGAGAUACAAUGGCAUCGAUGGUUGGUCACAAAUACGGAGUGUUGAGAUGGAGCAAGACAGGAAAGAAAACGGUAGAAGGAACAGCGGCGGGAAUAACAUCGGUGAUGGCGGUGUGCUUCGUGCUGGUGCCGGUGUUAGCAUCAAUGGGAUAUAUACUGAGCCAAGGAUGGUGGUCGCUGCUUGUAGCGGUUACAGCCACCGGGAUGUUGGAAGCUUACACGGCGCAGCUAGAUAACGCCUUUAUACCUCUUGUCUUCUACUCUCUGCUCUGUUUGUAG